CGAAGGGCGCUUGACAGCACUCGACGGGAAGGUCGGUCGAAGGAGCGAGGUCCUAGUGAGCGCAUGUCUACCACAGUACAUCCGGGCACCUCGUCGUCCGGGUUUACGUCCGGCGGUGUCCUGCAGGAUGCGGACAUCCUGCCCGAGCUGAAUGGCGCCGACCUGGCCAUGUCCUUGAGCCCCAAACACCAGCCGCACACCACACCCUUCUCGGUCACCGACAUCCUCAGCCCUAUAGAAGAGUCUUAUCGCAAGCUGGAGCUGUGCGCGCCCCCCAGUCCGUACCGCAGUAGCGGUGGUAGCAGCGGCGGUUCUACCGGACCCGCCGCGUCCAGUCCCAACACCAUGGCCAACCCGUACAUGCACGUACACCAGUUCCCCAGCCAGUACUGCAACGGCUCGGAUAUCACGUACGGCAACUCUGCCGCAGGAUGGUACGGCGCUACGGCCAACGAUCCGAGAUUCGCAAUUUCGAGGCUGAUGGGUUCCAGCUCCGCCGGUAUGAACAUGGGCAACAUGUCGGCCUUGUCGGCCUGCAGUGUCGCGGAAGCCAAACCCAUGCAAUUCCCCCUCACACAGAGAAGAAAGCGGAGAGUACUCUUCACCCAAGCUCAGGUAUACGAGCUGGAGAGGAGAUUCAAGCAACAAAAGUACCUGUCGGCGCCAGAGAGAGAACAUCUGGCUAGUCUCAUACACCUCACGCCCACGCAGGUGAAGAUAUGGUUCCAAAAUCACAGGUACAAAUGUAAAAGGCAAGCGAAAGAAAAAGCCAUGGCGGAACAGAAUGCACAGAAUCAGGCGCAGAGUUCUCCGCGGAGGGUGGCUGUGCCAGUUUUGGUGAAGGACGGCAAGCCGUGCUCCGGAGGUUCUGAGCCUUCCAUGUCCCGCACCCAACAAUCCCACUGCGGCACCAGCCACCACUCGCCCCACCAGCCCGCCCAGCACCAGCAGCCGCUCAUGUACCAGCGGCAGACGCUGCAGCACCACUCGCAACCGCAACAGGCCAACAUGUGCUCCUCGUACCUGCCCAUCCAGGGCCGCGCCUGGUAGUGCGACGCCCUGCCCUCGGACGCCGAGUACCUCGGGUUGUUCCGGAGUCCGGCGACCGACGGGUCCGACGAUCUCUCGACCACCGGUGACCUCCUGUAGGCGUAGCCGUCCCGACGUCUCGCGGAGCAAACAGCAGCGCGGCUAAGCUGGAGCCUUGCGGUACUCCAGACUGGUGAAGGUCGCAACCCGACCACAGAAGCUCCUCUUGGUGCAGGAAAACGAGUGACAGUAUUAAAUCAGGACUCCGCAAAGGGUUACAGUGUUUAAAACUACUAAAUUAUCCAUAUCAAAAUAUCAAUUGGAAGACCUAUUUUUGUUGAAUGUUGAUGUCAUUAAGUUCGCUUGCAGACAAUUUAAAAUUGAAAGUGCAAUUUAUUUGAUUACCACGAAUAUUUGGACACAACAGAAACGUAAAUAUUACGAUAUUUCCGAGAAGUGGCUGUAACCUUUUGACCUUUGUGAGACGCGAGUGCGGCACAAGCUCCCUCUAUUCCCCAAGAACUAGACUGACCGUACACGGAGAUGAGUUGUACCGGUAGAACCUCCCCCGUGGGCCAACCCCAACCGCCAUUUCGACGCUAGUCAGGCACGUACUUACCCCUGUACAUAGCCAAGCCACAACUGCAAUAAUUCCAGCGUGGACUCGACUGAAGCGACCAGUUUUGUAAAUGUGUCGAUGUGUUGUUUAUAGCGUAAGUGUGCUCUGUUUGUAUAUGUCUUCAUGUUGUACAUACUAAGUUAUAGCCACCGUUCUAUACAUAGAUUGUACGGUAUAUAAAUAGGUACCCAUUUUCUGUUGUAAAUACACUAAUUAUAGAGUUAUAA